CCGCACUGAGUGGCAGGUUUAGCGUUCUUUUACACACUACCAAGAAAAGCUAAGAAAAGAGGAGACCACUUUCGCUCUAGUAAGAGCGCUUACGUAUUUGAUGCAAGACUUCCACGCAUGCGCAGUUUCUUUGACCUACACAGUCGCCGGAGAAAAUGGCAGCACUUGGUCUUGGGAUUCAGGUGCGUCAGUUCAGUACGUCGGUGGUCAGACCGGCAGCAAAGCUGGUUAAGCCACCCAUUCAGGUCUAUGGAGUAGAGGGACGUUAUGCCACUGCUCUGUUUUCUGCUGCCAGCAAGCAGAAAAAUCUGGAUAAGGUGGAGCAAGAGCUGGGCCGCGUGUCAACCUUGAUUAAAGACCCCAAGUUAUCAGGCAUUGUAAUGAAUCCCCAUGUCAAGCGCAGCAUCAAACUAAAGACUGUCAGUGAUGCGCUAAGCAAAGCUAAGGUCUCCCCCAUCACAGUCAACCUCAUCAAUGUGCUGGCUGAAAAUGGUCGGCUGACCUUGACCCCCGAUGUCAUCGCUGCCUUUGGCAAAAUGAUGAGCGCUCACAGGGGAGAGGUCACCUGCUCAGUCACCACUGCUCAGCCUCUGGAUGCGGCUGACCUUGCAGAGUUGAAGGUAGCACUAAGUGGGUUCUUGGCAAAGGGAGAGACCAUAAAGCUGGAGACCAAGUCUGAUCCCUCUAUACUUGGCGGUAUGAUCGUCAGUGUCGGUGAUAAGUACGUGGACAUGUCCACCAAGACAAAGGUCCAGAAGUUCACCAAGCUGAUCAGAGAGACAUAAGUCCUGUGGACUGACCAGACCCACUUAAGUAUGGAUUAACGGGGUGGUUGGACAUGAAACUACUCCAAUUCCACAUGAUUUGAAUUAUUCUGUCCUCUUGUGUUCAUAAUAAAUAAAGUGUAACAUUAAACAGUG